AUGGUCACAGUAAGGACAGUGCUAUCCAUUGCAGCAGUAAAAGGUUGGGAUAUUCAACAAAUGGAUGUUUAUAAUGCAUUCUUGCAAGGAGAUUUAGCUGAAGAACAAGCCUCUAGACAAUGGAAUGUUAAGUUGAUUAAUGCCUUAUUAGCAGCAGGAUUUCAACAAAGUCAUCUUGAUUAUUCUCUUAUGACUAAGAAGACUCAUGCUGGGAUAGUUGUGAUACUCAUAUAUGUGGAUGAUCUUCUUGUGACAGGAAGUAGUCCACAACUAAUAGAAGAGGCAAAACAAGUCCUGAAGGAUAACUUCAAGAUUAAAGAUUUGGGGAGCUUGAGAUUUUUCCUUGGGAUUGAAUUUUCCAGAAACUCAGAAGGAAUUCUGAUGCACCAAAGAAAGUAUGCUUUAGAAUUAAUUUCAGAUUUGGGAUUGGGAGGCUCUAAGCCUGUGGACACACCAAUUGAGCAGAACCUGAAGCUUACUACUACUGAAUUUGAUGACUUAGUUGGGAGUGAUUCUGAUCCUUUGUUAUUAGAUGUCAGUGAAUAUCAAAGGUUGAUUGGAAGAUUAUUAUAUCUCACUCUCACAAGACCAGAUAUAUCAUAUGCAGUUCAAAACUUGAGUCAAUUCAUGCAGGCUCCAAAGACUUCCCACAUGAAUGCUGCCAUCAUAAUAGUGAAGUAUGUCAAGAAAUCACCAGGCAAUAGGGUGCUGCUAUCAUCAACAUCCACAGGAUCAUUGCAGGGUUAUUGUGAUGUAGACUGGGGGUCUUGUGUUAACACCAGGAAGUCCAUCACUGGUUACCUAGUGCAGUAUGGGAAUUCACCAAUCUCUUGGAAGUCCAAGAAAUAG